UGUAACGGUGACUUUUCGUUGUCCACGAGAUUUUUCUCACCGUCGGAGAGGCGAUAAUCUCAGGGUCGCUGAACCUGCUCCUCUCUCCUUCUUCUCUUUCGCGAACGCGUUUAUUUCGUCCCGUUAGCGCGCGCGCGCGUCGUUCGAACAAUUCGCUCUCUUUCUUUACGAGACGAAUUGCCGAGGAUGAGACCGCCAGGAUCGUAAAGUGCAAAGAGCAAGGUGCAAAAGGUCGAUCGUCGACCGAGGCAAAGGAAAGGCAAGAGAGAGAAAGAGAGAGUGAUAUGGAUGACGUGAUGAGGUGAAAUUGCCGCGACCCGGUGGUGGUUUAGAUGGAUCGACGCCGGUUUCACGAGACGCACGAGUGGCGUUAGUUGGCAAUAGAGAUAGGUACCCCUAGGGGAGGGGGGCACGGGGGGGGACCACUCCACAUUGAUGGAAUAGUGAUUAAAACGCGGCGGAAAGAUGCGGGGUAGUCCUGCCUUCCUCGCCAUACUGCUGGGCACGAUAUUCGGUGUCUUAGGUGCGUCUCUGAGCAAGGCGCUCAGAUACAAGGCACCGGACGAAUGCAAGUGGAUCACGACUGGCGAUGCUGAGGACGACGUGUCGCUCGUGUGUCGUCUACGAACCAUCAAUAGCGAGUUGGAGAACACAAACUUCAGCGUGAUACAGCCGCAGCAUACGGUGCGCUUGCGGUUGGAAUGCAGCGACGCGCUAUUCUACCAGAGUUCUCUGAGCGCCGGGAGCUUCAGGCCACUGGUCGAGCUGCGUGAGCUCGUGAUCGAGUAUUGUAAGAUCGGCAAUCUGUCGGAUGACGCGUUUAAAGGUCUCAGGGAACUGCGCAAUCUCACCGUGAGGACGCACAACACCGACUGGUCGGCAAUGGCGCUCGACAUAUCUGCCGGGGCAUUCACCGACGAGCUUCGGCAAUUGGAGAAGCUCGAUCUCGGUGAAAACAACAUGUGGGGUAUACCGGAGGGCGCGCUCUGUCCCCUGGUCAAUCUAGAGGUUCUAAACUUGACAAGGAACCGGCUCAGGGACAUCACGGGUUUCCGCUUCAACGCUGCGACGAGAUGCCUGACGAAUCUCAGGGAACUGGAUCUCAGCAAUAACAGCGUCGAGUCUUUGCCGAGCGCAGCGUUUUCCGGUCUGACAAGGUUGCACAGCCUGGACCUGCGAUGCAACGCCAUCAGUUUCAUGGCGGAUCGCGCAUUCGAAGGCCUCACGUCACUAGCCAUCUUGAGACUCGCCGACAACCGGCUCGCGAGCCUGCCGCCGGAGCUUUUCAGCGACGCCAAGGAUCACAUACAGGAGAUUCAUCUCAGGAACAAUACGUUGAGCGUUUUACCGCCCGGUUUAUUUAGCGAAUUGUCACGGCUGUUAGUAUUGGAUCUCUCGCACAAUGAGUUAACAGCGGAAUGGGUGAACGCGGCUACGUUUACUCGUCUGGUGCGUUUAGUGGUGUUGGAUCUUUCGAGUAAUCGUAUCGCGCGUCUCGAUCCAACCGUUUUUCGCGAUCUGUACAGUCUACAAAUACUACGGCUGCAAGAAAAUCUACUUGAGAGUCUACCGGAAAACACGUUCUCGGCGCUCUACAACCUGCACACGUUGUUGCUCAGCGACAACCAAUUGACUGUCAUAGACGCCACUACAUUGAGUGGUCUUUACGUGCUCAGUCUCCUCUCGUUGGACAAUAACCGGUUGCACACGAUACAUCCGGGCUCUUUGAGAAACGCCUCGUCCCUACAGGACUUUCAUCUUAACGGUAAUCGGCUGACAUCGGUGCCAGACGCAUUGAAAGCCACUCCCCUCCUGCGCACUCUCGACCUCGGCGAGAACCUCAUCUCCGAGAUACCAAGCGGCACCUUCGACCACGUGGCGCAGCUGUAUGGGCUUCGAUUAACCGAAAAUCAUAUCGGCAAUCUUACGAAGGGCAUCUUCGAUCGUAUCAAAGAGCUCAAGAUCCUGAACCUUUCGCGAAACCGCAUACAGUACAUCGAACCCGGUACUUUCGACGAGAAUCUGAAUCUACAGGCGAUACGUCUCGACGGUAAUCAGCUGACCGACAUUACCGGUCUCUUCACCAAACUGCCGAAUCUCGUUUGGCUCAAUGUGAGCGACAAUAAGCUCAAGUGGUUCGACUACGCGAUGAUACCGACUGGGCUGCAGUGGCUGGACAUACACUCGAACGAGAUCAAGGAAUUAGGCAACAAUUUCGAGAUCGAGACACAACUGCAACUGAGUACCUUCGACGCGAGCGAGAACAAGCUUACGGAGAUCACUGGCAACGCGAUUCCCAUGAGUGUCGAGCUACUGUUCCUCAAUGACAAUCUCAUCUCCAAAGUACAGAGCUACUCGUUCUUUAAGAAGCCAAAUCUGACGCGAGUCGACCUGAAAGGCAACCAGAUACGGAAUCUCGAGCCAUACGCGUUGCGCAUCAGCGCAGUACCGUCGGAUCAAUCGCUACCGGAGUUCUACAUCGGCGACAACCAGUACCUAUGCGACUGCACCAUGGAGUGGCUGCAGCGCGUCAAUCGGCAGAAUCAGACGCGCGUGCAGCCGCGCGUCAUGGACCUCGAAAGCAUCUACUGCAAGCUCUUAUAUGAUCGUGAGCACGCCUUCGUGCCGUUGGUCGAGGCAUCACACUCGCAAUUCCUCUGCAAGUAUGAGACCCACUGCUUCGCUCUAUGCCAUUGCUGUGACUUUGAUGCGUGCGACUGCGAGAUGACAUGUCCGCAGAACUGUACGUGUUAUCACGAUCAGUCGUGGUCAGCGAAUGUGGUAGAUUGUUCCAACGGCGGACACAUCAGUAAACUACCUGAACAGAUACCGAUGGAUGCUACGCGUCUCUAUUUGGACGGAAACGAUCUACGCAUAGUAUCAAGUCACGCUUUCAUCGGUCGUAAAAAGCUCAAGGUGUUGUUCCUCAAUUCGUCCAACAUCGAGAUCGUGCAGAAUAGGUCAUUCAACGGGCUGCGCGACCUCGAGGAUCUGCACCUGCAGGACAACAGGAUACGCGAGCUGCGCGGUCACGAGUUCGAAGGGCUGGAUGCAUUACGGCAGCUGCAUCUGCAACGCAAUCGCAUUGCCACGAUCGGCAAUGACACGUUCGCGCCGUUGCGUUCUCUGCGGAUACUACGGUUGCAGAACAAUCGUCUGACCACCCUGGUAAUAUGGUCGCUGCCGAGUUCGAUCGAGAUCAGCCUAGCUGGGAAUCCCUGGUCCUGCGAGUGCGACUACCUGCAGAGUUAUCGCGAGUGGUCGCGCGAUCCGAGCAUCCGCGUUACGGAUGCGGCUGCGUUGCGCUGUGUGUACAACGUCACGGAGUUCGAGGCGUUCGGCGAUGAAGUGUUCGCGGAUGACGAGUUCGGUUUUCCGAUGAGCACGACGCUAGGCGAUUCCGAGCGCGCUGGCAAUGAGAGCGCCGUUUGCACUGGCACGAUUAGCCUCGACAACGAUAUACAUCACAACUACACCAAGACCAUUAUCGAGAAGCAGGUCCUGCAGGAUUAUCUGCCGCUGUUGGUGGCCACUUCAGCCAGUUCGCUCGUCGUCAUACUUCUGUGCAUGCUCGCUUUCGUGUUUCGUCAUGAACUGCGCGUGUGGUUUCACUCGCGUUUCGGUGUGCGGAUAUUCUAUCGAAAUCACGAAGUCGAUCGAGAUGAUCGGGAUAAACUGUUUGACGCUUUUGUAAGCUAUAGCUCGAAGGACGAAGCGUUCGUUGCCGAAGAACUGGCGCCGGUGCUCGAAAUGGGUAACCCUUCGUACAAACUGUGCCUUCACUAUCGGGACUUUCCAGUCGGCAGCUUCAUAGCCGACACCAUCGUUCAGGCGGUGGAGUCAUCGCGAAGAACGAUAAUGGUGCUGUCGGAAAACUUCAUCAAAUCCGAGUGGUGUCGCUUCGACUUCAAGUCGGCGCACCAUCAAGUGCUGAGGGAUAGAAGACGCCGAUUGAUUCUCGUGCUGGUUGGCGACGUGCACCAGCGUGAUCUCGAUCCAGACAUACGACUGUACUUAAAAACGAACACAUAUCUGCAAUGGGGCGACAAGCUCUUCUGGGAGAAGCUGCGAUUCGCGUUGCCGGAUGUGCCAAACAAUCAGCGCGCGACACAGAGGACGAGGCAGCCGCCGCCGGUCCGACGGCAACACAACAACAGAACGUCCAACGGAUCGCGUACCGUAUCCGUCCACAUAUGAAUCAGUUGUAGUCAAAUCCAAGUGCGUCGAGUGUCGUUCGUGUUAAACGAGCUUUCAGCCGCGAGGAUACAACAGGAGGAACACGAGUUUCACGUUGAGGAUCUUGUAUGCUCGAAGCGCGAUUCCGAGGCGCGUAUUCGGACGGUGUGCAAUAUGAUAUUAUAUUACAGAGUGUGUAAAUACAAACGGAAGGGUUUUAUAUGUAUAAAUAGAGCAUAUAUACCGAGGUGCGGGAAUAAAGGUCUUGUGUAUAUAAACGGUGUGUGAUAAGAGUGAGAAAAUAUUGAAGACGCGCUCUUUCCGCGUGGAAACGUAUACUCGGUGUGCCACACGCAGAUUCUGUAAAUUUGUUGCAGCGCGUCUGGAUGAGAGUGGUUAGCUGAAACUCGUUGUAAAUAGGACGUCGUCCGCUCGGUCGCGAAUCACGGCCGGACCGGCACCGUUAUUCGGCUCGUGGAACGUGCGACGAUUACGUUGGGUGCGUAUACAUAUGUGAAUGUGUGUGCCGUGAUCGUGGAACGCAAGAGAUGCUCCUGCAGCCCGUCGUGAUUCUGGUAGCCCAAUGUACCGGCCGUGUACUUAAAAUUCACUGCUUCUCGUCAUUAUGUCCAUUUGUGGUCAUUGAAAUCAGCCGUCAUUUGUCGACUAUAGUGCAAAUAAUUUCGCAAUCAAUUGGCAAACCGUGACGGAUUUCUCGGGCGAAUAUUGCGUCGGCGUAAUCAUUUUAAUUUCGAUAGCUAUCUCGCGCGUGUGUCUCCACGAUCAACUCUUA